AACUGUUAUCGGAACCGCAUCUGAAUCAAGCCUUAAGUCAAAUUAGGCAAAUACCAACAUUCAGUGGUAACACCCCAGAGCUCAGUGCCUUUAUCUGAAGAUUCGAGUUCAUACUUCAACUUUACCUAUCAAUCGACACCAGACAAAGACAUGUAUUCUUCAGCGCAAAUGAGAUGCAACUUGUAGAAGAUGCCCAACGAGUAUCCCAGUUAUGCGCAGCAACAACCUGGCCAACCCAAUGAACGCGCUCAUCAGCGAAUAUAAAAUCCAAACACCAUUUUUUUUAAGAUGUCUGAAGAGCCGACAACCAGCGCAAAUCUAACCCAAUUUGUUUUCUCCCUUGAGGAGGAUGAUCUUGUGUUGGAAACCCGGCAACCCCCGACCAUUAACGACCAAUUGGCCCAGAUUAGCCAAAAAAUUCGGUCUUUAGAAACUGUGACGGCCGAGAUAAGCCAAAGAGUUCGGGCUUUGGAAACUGUGUUGGAGGCAAACACGAAGCAGCUGGCGGAGACCACAAACCAGGUUGCGAGGAUGACGGCCUUUUUGGAGCUGUUCGUGAAGGGGAAGGCGAAGGAUGUGGCUGUGGAAGUGGCGUUUCCAGUCACAUCGGAAGAAGACCUGGUGGCUUUAGAGCUAAACAUAAGCUCAGGGUCCAAAGAACGAUACAUGGAAUCAAUAUCACAUAUAUUGAAGCGUAACAAUUUGCAGAAGGCAAUCAAUGGCGUUGUGUCAGAUCCGUUCUUGUGCACCUACAAUAUUGACGGCCUCAACGGGAAAAAAAUCACUUAAAUCAUUCCCCAAAUUUUUUGCCGUUAUCAUUAAAAGCAUAAGCACAUUAGAACAACAGCCAACAGCCAGCAGAGAAGGCCUUGGCCCACGCACUGUGUAAAAAAUAACGCUAACAAAAAAGGAAAAAAAUGGGAGAAUAAAA